AUGAGUUGGACUCUGCUCGAGCGGUUCAUUGAAUCCGAGCACUUCAACAGCGACCCGUCGCUUGCCGUGGCCUAUCUGGCUCGGUAUGCAGACCAUGUCGGAAUCCACUAUGUGCUCUGCUCGAAGCUGCGCACGUUUGCGUACGAGGAGCUCGAGUUCUUCCUGCCGCAGUACGUCUCCGUCCCUGUCCCCGUCGCCGUCGCCGUCGCCGUCGACGUCGCCGUGGCGCACGCGGCGGCCAUGGCACAGCGCAGCCGCUGA